UAUCUCGCGAGAUUACACGCGUGCACCGAAUGUAUUCACUUCCGGUGAAUAUACUGAGUGAUUGUUUGCUUGUAAAUAUGUUCCAACAACACCUAAAACGACAGGUUUUCGGACCUAUACACAUAUUUUUAACGAUUACCUUAUUGAUAAAAGGAUCAUUCAGUGAAGUUAUAACUCUUAAUGGUGCAAACAUUGGAAGUGUUAUAGGUUCCAAUGAGGUGCUGUUUAUUAAUUUUUAUGCUGAUUGGUGUAGAUUUAGUCAAAUUUUAACACCUGUAUUUGAAGAAGCAUCAAAUAAAAUUAAAGAAGAAUUUCCUGCUCCAGGAAAAAUUGCGUUUGGAAAAGUUGAUUGUGAUUCAGAAUCUGACAUAGCCAGCCAGUACCAUAUAUCAAAAUACCCAACUCUAAAGUUGGUUCGUAAUGGACAACUCAUCAAAAAAGAAUACAGGGGACAAAGAUCAGUGGAUGCUCUGGUUCAGUUCGUCAAAGAUCAAGUCAGAGAUUCUGUACAACAGCACAAUACACUGGAGUCCAUGGAUGAAUUGAAUGAAAAGAAGAGACAUAUUAUCGGAUAUUUUGCGGAUGUAAAUUCAGAUGCUUACAGAUUAUUUGCUAAAGCAGCAAGUACACUGAGAGAGGACUGUGAAUUCCACUCAGCUGUUGGGCCAGUAGCAGAGCCAGAGAGGUCCAUGGGAGACAGAGUUGUCUACAGAGCACCACAGACUUCGCAUCAGGAUGUUGCAUACAUUGGCAGCCUGACAGACUUUGAUGGCCUCUUACGCUGGGCUCAGCAGAGUUGUGUCCCCUUGGUCAGAGAGAUUACCUUUGAUAAUGCUGAGGAACUGACAGAGGAAGGGUUGCCAUUUUUGAUCCUGUUUCAUCAUCCAGAUGACAAAGAUAUCACCCAGAGGUUCGCCACUGUAGUACAGCAACAGUUGAUGUCAGAAAAAUCUUCUGUGAACUUCCUCACUGCAGAUGGGUUGAAGUUCAAGCACCCAUUGCACCAUCUUGGUAAAUCUGAGAACGACCUGCCUGUCUUAGCCAUUGACAGUUUUCGUCACAUGUAUUUGUUUCCUCACAAUGUUAAAACAGACUUGGAGACACCUGGAUUAUUAUCUCAGUUCAUAGCUGACCUACAUUCCGGAAAACUGCACAGAGAAUUUCAUCAUGGGCCUGACCCGACAACCACUCCUCCAGCCCCUGGGUCUGAUAAUGCUGAUCAAAAACCUGAAGAGAAGACGGACCACAUCCCCCAUGAUGUGAACCAGGACAACGCCCCCAAACAGCCCACCUCUCCCCCUGAGUCCACCUUCAGAAAACUGGCCCCCUCCCGAAACAGAUACACCAUCCUGAGGGACGAGUUAUGAUGACUCUUAGAGACUCAUAGAGAACUGAAAUUAUUUAUUUUUUUAAACAUGGGGUCAGAUACGUAAAUACUUGGUUAUUUUUUUAACUAAACAAGUAAUUUGUUCACCAAAGGGAAUUCAGAUAGGGGAUCAGAAUGGAGACAAGUCUCUAAACAUGCAAAGUUAAGCAAACAUGUUUGAUGUUUAUCGGGAACGGGCAAAAUAAUGAAGUUUUUUUCCUGCUGUAUAGUAGCUAAUGCUUUUCAUGUUUAAUUAUAAGUCUGAACAUAUUUUUUUUUUUCAAACUUUUAUUUUUGGAAUUCGUAUUUACUCUGCUGUAAGCGGAUCAAGAAGUUCCGAGAAAUAUUUUGUUGAUUUUUUUUUAUACAUGUAUAACAUAUGGAAUUUUUGUUAACUGUUAAGAGAGUUAUAUAAGCACCAUUGUUUUGAGGUUUCCAGUUUAUUGUAUCACAAAACAGUUCUGUUUCAAUGCUGGAACUAAAUCCAACAUUCUAUGUCCAGUUAGUUACAUGUGUUAUAACAUUUACCAGUAGAUUUAGAGGUUUUUAAAAAUAAUGUUUGAAUUUAUGUACUUUGAUUUAUCUGAUGCUUGGAAGGAUGUUGCUUUGAUUUUAUUUGUGGAUAUACAGUAUAAAUGUUAUUUCAUAUAUUUCUACUUGAUCAGUUAAAUUCAAAUCGGAUGUGACUCAAAAUGGUGGUUAUUUUUAAGUUGUACUAGUAGCUAGUUGUUUAAAUCUCAAAAUAAUGCACAGGUCAUCUUCACAAUCACAGGAGCUAGCCUGAUUUUGACCACAAACUCACUGUAUCAUUAAUUAUUGAUACACAUUAAAUUUAUUUUCAAAAUUGGCUAAGCACCUUUGAUCAUAGUCAGAUUUUGUAAGGUACCAAUUUACAAGUAUCUUGCUUUAAUGACUUCCAUUUCUCAUUCAUGUUCUUCAUAUUUUGUUUGGGUUCAGAGUUUAAACAUUUUGUUAAUUGUUAUUUGUAUAAAAGGCCAUUUAAACUGUAUGAUGAUGAAUUGUCCAACUUGGAUCAACUUUUUAUAAAAGACUUGUACAUAUGUAUAAUGUAAAACUUGUAACAGCUGUAAGAACUUUUUUUUGUCUGAAACAACCCAUAUAUUUCAUUACCAAAACAAUUUCUUUGUUGAGCUCAUCAGUCCAUGUAUCUUUAAUCAUUAACUUUAAGACUGAGUUUAAAAAAGCCAAAUGAUAUACAAACGUACCUGUGUGUAUAACAAGUUUCAAAGUGUUCAUGCGUACUAAUUAUUAAAGGGUUGUACGUGUAUUUCUAAUCAUUUUCUAUACAUGGAAGAAAAAUCAAACUCAAGUUUUAAAUGUAUUCUCCGAAGAGAUGAAACACCCUGCCAUCAGUUGUUAAAUAUAUUUAAUUUGACAUGGUUAAUUUUUUUUAAUACACAUGUAUGUGUAUCUAUUCAUUGCAGUGAUGUACAAUUUAAUCUUAAUUCAUGCACAAAUGUGUCUAAAUGCAGCGUGAAAGUUAUAGGAUGUCUUUGGUAAUUAAAAGCAUUUAUAAUGAAAAAAA